AUGUCCGCCCAGCGCGCGCCCGGCCGGGAGCACAUUCCCAACUACCCCAGAGGCUGGGUAGUCUUGCGCUCCCUCCAGCUCUUCUUCUGUCUCAUCAUUUUGGGAUUGGGGGCUUACUCGCUCGUUCUCAUCCCGUACGCGGUCGGCUCUGCCAUGGCCAUGUUCACGUCCGUUAUCACCUUUGCCAUUUCCAUCUGGCUCAUCACGGCGCAUACGUGCCAGCCCAGAUCGUUCAACUACUGGGCUGCGCUUGUCUUCGACAUCCUGCUGUACAUCUGGUGGCUCACCUCAUUUUCGCUGUGCGCUGUGCAGGCCGUCGGUCUCUUCGCCGUCAACAGCAUUUACUGCGACAAAUAUGGCAGCGACUGGUACAACGACGACUAUGACGAUGCCUACAACGAACUGUGUGGCAACAGGCAUGGCCGAAACGUCAUUCACGGCGGAGUUGUUGCAGGCAUGGCUGGCCUCGGCGCUCUGGAGUUUCUCUUCUUUUUCAUCUCUUGGGUCACCGAUGCCGUUGUGAUUCACAAGCACCGACGCGCCGGCCUUCACAACCGGCCCGUUAAGCCCGGCAGCGCUGGCGCCCCUUACCAGGUUCAGCUGCAGCCUCAGUUCAAGUCCAACUACGAGGCCGUUCCUCAGCAGGGCGUGCCUUUCCACGCUCAGGAGACGGCCUACAACCCGCAGGGCAUGUACAACCCCCCGACUCAGGGUUUCCCUCCUCAACAGGCUUCGCCCUACUCCAACCACGGCGCAUAUGGCGCACCCGUCGCCCCCCUCGCUGCCCAGCACACCGGCAAUUCAUUCCAGAAGGCCCCUUCGCCGCAACCUCAGGGUGGAUUCCCCGCCCCGUACCCGUCGCAGUCGCCGCACCAGGCACACCCGUACGCUCAGCCGCCGCCCGUAGCGUCGCCUACCCCUUACAAUCCGCACCAAGGAUACUAA